UAUUUAUCAAAUUAUAAAAAAAAAAAAAAUAUUUGCAUAAAACUAUAAUCUGUAUAGUAAAAAAAAAGUUAUUUUUGACAGUAAGAUAUACAAAUAUUAAGUAUAGUAAAUUUUUCUCUUGGUUCUCUCUGCAGAGAAGUGUUACACAAUUGCCUUUUUAUUUGAUACUUUAUGUUGAACAAGCAGACAAUAAAGUCAACAAAAGGAAAAGAGAAAGAAAGUAGGUCCAUAUAGAUUCCACAUGUCACAUGCUAAUAGAUUUAUCCAAAUGGAAAUCACUUUUGCAAUAGCGUUUGAUUGUUUGUGAUUUUUAAUUUUGAUCUCUCCAGCAAUAUCUUUCUUUGACUCCAUAAUUCUCUGCAUAUUUCUGCUUCAAUCAUGGCAGAUGCACUUGUAUCAGUAGUAUUGCAACAAUUGACUUCUAUUCUGCAAGCAGAGAUUCAACAAGAAGCAAGAUUAUUGUUUGGAGGGCCAGAAGAGGUUCAAAAGCUUACUACUGCACUCACUGCAAUAAGGGCUGUGCUUAAUGAUGCAGAAAAAAAGCAAGUGAAAGAAAGUAGUGUGCAGGUUUGGUUAGAAGGGCUCAAAGCCAUAUCUUAUGACUUAGAUGACUUGUUAGAUGAAUGGAACACCAAGAUAUAUAGACCCAAAAUUGAGAGGAUUAGAAAAGACAAAUCUUUAUUUUCCAAGAAAAUGGUAUGCUUCUCUCCGUACCUUUCUCCACUAUUUUGUUUCAAUCAAACUGUUGUGCAUCAUGAUAUGGGCAUUAAAAUGAAGGGUAUUAAAGAAAGAUUAGAUUUGAUUGCAAUUGAGAAAGAAAGAUACCAUUUUUCCUUAGAAGGGAGGAGUGAAGAACCAGAGAGAUUAGAAACUACACCUUUAAUUGAUGUUUCAGAGGUGCGUGGUAGGGAAUUGGAUAAGGAUACUUUGAUAAGCAAAUUGUGUGAUGAUAGUUUAGAAGAAAUUAGCCCUAAUGGUCCUGGUGUUGUGUCUAUAGUUGGUAUGGGAGGGAUGGGAAAGACAACUCUAGCUCAGUUGGCCUUUAAUGAUGAAACGGUUAAUACCCAUUUUGAACAUAAAAUAUGGGUUUGUGUUUCUGAAUCUUUUGAUAAGACACUGAUAGCAAAAAUGAUCAUUGAAGCUACCGAAAUACACCGUCCAUAUCUGUUUUGGCCUGAAUUGCAGAGGCAACUACAAAACUCUGUCAAUGGAAAGAAGAUACUUCUUGUGCUGGAUGAUGUGAGGAUUGAUGACUUCCAGAUUUGGGAACCAUUAAAAGUUCCUCUUGGAUCUGCAGCAUUAGGAAGCAGAAUUUUAGUUACUACAAGGAAUGAGAGAGCUUCAAUGAUGAUGGAAGCCUGCUAUAGGCUCUCUCUAGGGAAGUUGUCACCUGUCGAUUCUUGGUUAUUGUUUAGCAGAUUUGCAUUUUAUGGAAAGAGUAGAGAGGAUCGCUGUAAUUUGGAAGCAACUGGUAGAAAAAUUGCAGAUAGGUGCAAAGGGUUGCCUCUGGCUUUAAAAACUUUAGGGAGUCUAAUGCGUUUCAAGGAAACAAAGCAAGCCUGGGAGGAUAUCCUUGAUAGUGAACUGUGGGAAAUAGAAGAGGUUGAAAGGGGAAUUUUCACACCUCUGCUGUUGAGUUAUUAUGACUUGCCAUCUCCCAUGAAACGCUGUUUUACCUAUUGUGCCAUAUUUCCAAAAGAUUACAAGAUGGAUAAGGAAACUUUGAUACACCAUUGGAUGGCUCAGGGUUUUCUUGUUCCUUCAGGAAGCAUGGACAUGGAGCAAAAAGGUGCCGAGUAUUUUGACAACUUAGCAAUGCGUUCAUUUUUCCAAGAUUUGGAAAGAGACAUGGAUGAUCCUAGAAAGAUCACUUGCAAGAUGCAUGAAAUCGUGCAUGACUUUGCUCAGUUCCUUACAAAGAAUGAAUGCUUAAUUAUUGAUGUUGAUGAGAGACAUAUUUCGGGGUUAGAUAUGUUGCAUACAAGAACGCGUCACCUGACCUUAAUUGGUCCAAUGGAAUACUUCCAUCCUUCUGUUUAUAAUUUCAGAAAUCUACGAACAUUGCUGGUCUUACAGAAGGAAAUGUUAACAGUUCCAGGUGAUUUAUUCAGAAUAAGAUCCAUACCGGGUGAUUUAUUUAACUGCCUGACAUCUCUUAGGGGUUUGGAUUUGAGUCAUACUCUGAUUACAAGACUUCCAAGUGAGAUUGGCAAACUUUUGCAUUUAAGAUGGCUUAAUUUGUCUAAAUUGGACUUGGAGGAGCUGCCCAAUACACUGUCUAAUUUAUAUAAUUUGCAGACUUUGAACCUUGAUCGUUGUAAACGGCUUCAGAGACUACCUGGAGGAUUGGGAAAACUGAAAAACCUGAGACACCUUAAUCUUAGAGAGACUGACUGCCUGAAUAUCUUCCCACAAGGCAUUGAGAGGUUAAGCAACCUUCGCAUGUUAACCAAGUUUGUUGUGAGUGAGAAUAAGGAAGGAUGUAAUAUUGCAGAACUGAAAAACCUCAAGUAUCUAAGAGGGCACCUUGAAAUAAGCAGGUUAGAGAAGGUUGUGGAUACAGAUAAAGCGAAAGAGGCAGACUUGACGAAUAAGCACCUUCAGAGUUUGGAUCUGGUAUUUUCAUUUGGGGUCAAAGAGGCAAUGGAAAAUGUAAUUGAAGUUUUGCAACCACAUCCAGAGCUAGAAGCUUUGCAGGUUUAUGACUAUGGUGGAUCAAUUUUUCCUAAUUGGAUAACCUUGCUAACAAAGCUGAAACAUUUGAGACUCUUGAGUUGUAUAAACUGUCUACAGUUGCCUCCAUUAGGAAAACUACCAUCUUUGGAAAAACUCUUAAUAGGGCACUUCAAUAGUUUGAAAUCUGUGAGUGCUGAGUUGCUUGGUAUAGAUCCUGUUACAGAUGUUUAUUGCAAAGAAUCAUUUGUUGCAUUCCCAAAGUUGAAUGAGCUCACUUUUCGCUUUAUGGUUGAGUGGGAAAAUUGGGAGGAAAUAACCACCUCUUCUGCUGUUGCUGGUAGUUCAAGUUGUAGCAGCAGUAAUGUCAGUGCAGUAACAAGAAGAGCAAUGCCAUGCCUGCGCUCUUUAUCUCUUUAUGAUUGCCCCAAGCUAAAGGCAGUACCAGAAUACCUCCAUUUGCUGCCACUGGAGGAACUGAUCAUCACCAGGUGUCCCAUUUUGGAACAGCAACGCCAGUCCUCAUAGCCUUUGAUUGGUUAGCAUCUCAAGACACAAUGUAUUCGCACUACUUGAGUUUUAGUUGACUGAAUUAACUUUGAAUAAUGCACCUGAUAAUCCCUGCUAGAAGGGCAUUUUCAUCUAACUUUUAUCACACACGACCAUGGUAAUAUUCUUUUUUCC